AUGCAGUCAUUUGUGGAAGAAUAUUUGGAUCUUUCGAUAUUUUCUGAAAUGUACAAAGAAUAUCACGCAUCUUCUCAACUUCGCUCAACAAUUUAUAGUGUUAUUCUCAAUAUGAUAUUAACUUUGAUUAUUUGGAAUGGAGUUUAUGGAAUGGAGAAAAAUGACAAAAUGAAUGAUAUGUAUUUUUUGGGAACAUCCUCAAAUUAUACAACUGGAAAUGAGAUUAUUGAUGGAAUGGUAAGAUAUUUUCAGUUGAUUGCCAAUUUAUUUAUCAUUUUUUAGAUCAAUGGAUUUGGAACAAUUAUGGUUCUUGGUGUUGUUUCUUUUGUAAUGCUUGCUUUUGCACUUUUUGAUUUUCAAAGAGUUGUUAAAGCUUGGCUUACAACAAGUUGUUUAUUAAUUGUUUAUGGUGUUUCUGGUUAUACUGCUUAGUGAGUUUAUUUUUGUUCAAUUCUUAAAGUAUUAAAAGAAUUUCAGUGAUUUUUGUGAGCGAUACAUUGAUAUGAAAACAGAAGUUGGAAUAAAUUUGGUUUAUUUUAUUGUUCCAAUGGUUUCUACUGUUUAUGGAACUCUUGGAAUUUACGCAUUUUUUGGUGAUGCUCCAAUCAAACUUCAUCAAUUUUAUGUUAUUUCAAAUUGUUCAUUGAUUGCUGUUUUUUAUUUGAGAAUAUUUCCUGGUAACACUGCUUGGUUUGUUCUUUGGACUGUUGUUUUUUGGGGUAUGUUUGAGCAAAAAUGUACUUAUUUUUUCGAAAGUGGACUUUUUGCAGAUUUCUUCGCUGUUUUGGCUCCAAUGGGACCAUUGAAAAAAGUACAAGAAAAAGCGCAAGACUACAGUAAUAAUGUGUUGAAAUUGUUGAUGUUUAGUGCGGAAGAAAAAAGAAAGAAUGCUGGAAGUGAUCAGAAUAAAAAUCGGGUAAAAGAACUCAUUAAAUUAUACUCGGAAAACAAAGCUAUGGAUGAAGAAUUCAUUCAAAAGGUACUUAUUUUUAGUUCCUUUUUUCAAAAAAAAAAUUAGAACGUUUUAUGAAGUAUUAUAAUCAGAUAUCACAUGAGUUGUGAGAAAAUACAAACAAAAAAGUUUGCAAGAUUCGGAACAUUUUCGAACCACAACACAUCAAAAAGUAAUCGAACAUCAAACAUUCAAUUUUUAGAUUCAAGCUCGCCGUACUGCAAUCAAUCCUGAUUCUGCCAAUUCGGAACAAAGUCCUUUAGGUGAGAUUUGGAACUUUUUAGAUUCUCAACUAACUUCUGGAUUUUUAGUUUCACCAAAAGAAGAGGAACAAGAUCAAAGAUCAGUUGGUUCUUCGUCUUCUUCUUCAGUUUCGGAUUAUGGAGAAAAUACAAAAACUUGUGAAGAAUUCGAAAAAUCAGAAGAAGUUGCGAAUGUAUUAGAAGAACUUAUGGAUUUUGAUGAUGGAAAAGAGGAAAAUGGAAAUGAGAAAAAUGACUUGAAGGAUGCAAAAAAUAUUUUAGAAUCGGUUAUAAACUCGUUGGAAAAUAAACAAGACACUGAAAACAAAGAAACUACAAUGGACGAUUUUGUGAGCUCAGAAACUGAUGUUGAAAUGCCAGUAUCAGAUAUUCGAGCAGAAACUGAAAGAACAACACAAGUAUCAGAAUUUCCAUCUGAAAUGGAAGAAGUAUCUGCUGUUGAAGUUGGUGAAAGAAUGAAUGAAUCAGAAGAGGAAGAUGCGAGAGAAAUUGAAUUAGAAGAAGAAGAAAGUGAUUAUGAAGAGGAAUAUACGGCGGCUGAUGCAUUAAAUGAUGCAGGUUUGAAAUCAUUUAAAAAAAAACUUACAAAUUCAUUUACUUGUAGAUUCUGUUCGUCUUGGUUUCGGUGACUUUGUAUUUUAUAGUCUUCUUAUUGGACAAGCAGCCACAAGUGGAAGUAUAAUUUCAACAUUUGCUGCUGGAAUGGGUGUCGUCAUCGGAUUAAUUGCCACUCUUACAAUUCUCUCCAGUGGUAAGCUAAAAUCAUAAAAAUAUGAAAUGAAAAAAAACUAAUUAAUUUUUACAGCCGAGAAUACAACUCCAGCCCUUCCAAUGUCAGUUAUUCUUGGAACAUUUGGUUAUUUUUAUUCGGAGUUUCUUGUCUCCGUUUACUCGAGAUUCGUGACCUACACAAACUGA